CAGGACGACGCCAACAAAACAAACUCGGUCCAGCUUACUCCAGCGAGGUCCAAGUCCUGCCGUACAAGGCGUUUACCUGUAGACGCUCGCUCGUUCAUUUGCGGGAGCCGCCGAACCCCCAGCCAGCUCUCGCUGCCCACUCGGCUUGCCAGUAGUAGUCAUGACUACAAAACUGGAGCCUCCUGAGUCCACGUCAGUCUCGCGCUGGCUGGCCGAGCUGCACAUGGAAUGUUACAAGAAGAACUUGGAGCACUUUGACAACGUGAAGCCUCUACUAGAGAUAAAAGACCCAGAGCUGAAGAAGCUUGGAGUCACCAACAGCAAAGACCGCUCUGUUAUGCUGGUCAGUCUCGCCAGCUACAGAUCCCAGACGUCGUCGUCUUCAACUAUCAGAGAGGAAUCUAACCCUAGCCCAGGUGAAAACUAACACCAUCCCCUCUCUCCCACUUGUCAUAAUACUAGGAGCUCCCCACACUAAUAGAUAUAAUUGCCUAGCGCAUUAGCGCAAGGCACCUUAAUUCUGCAGUACAGGUCUGUAUAGUAUGUGUAAGUAUCAACAACGUAUUGAUAUGCAACGAGGUAGAAAGGCAAGGCAAAGCACAACAGGUCAACUGUAUUGUAUGUAUGUCCCUCAUGCCCUUCUACGCAUGCGCGCAGACGGAGCAUGACUUCCUGCCGGCUGCAAACCAUGCCACACACGAGAGUACUGGCACGUCUCGGCCAAGUACACACAACUCCUCUUCGGUGAUUUCCACUUGCGCGC